CUAGAUUUCUGGCAUAUCUAUCUGUCAGCUAUUUAUUCCUAUUUAUCAAACUCAGUUAGUUCUUAUUGCAUAUCUACCUCUCUAUCUCUAAUAUAAAGCUUGUCAUCAUUGUUAACAUUUACAAGUAUGAAGAGAACAAUGUGCUACAUUCCAAUCUUAACAUUUUCAACUCUACUUUGGAGUUUGGUUUGUGUAAUAAGCAAGCCUUUGUUGCUCUCUGCUGCUGCAAAUCAACAAGCAGCAUUCUUCAAAGUUGAUUCAACAAAUAGAAUACAAGAUGUUCAAAGACCUUUUGACUCUACACAGGGAGAAAAGGUGAUGAUGGAAUAUGAAGAAGCAUUGAGGGGAGUUGGUAGUAGGAUUGGGUCAACCCCACCAAGAUGUGAACACAAAUGUGGAGGAUGCAUUCCUUGUAACCCAACUCAGAAGCCAACCAACAAACAUCUUAUUGGUGUUCAGUAUGCUAAUUAUGAGCCUGAAGGUUGGAAAUGCAUGUGUGGCACUUCUUACUUCAACCCCUAGCUAAUCAAUUAAUAUUCCCAUAACAAUUUCACUUUCUAAUUGAUUAUUAUUUGUAUUCCUUUUCAAAAAGUCAAUUAUUAUUUGGAUGUUUUUGUAAGUAGUUUAAUCAGUAAUAUGUAUGAUGAUUGUAGCCAUGAAUGUUAUGGACGCAGCUAA